AUGUUAAUGUUCUGCCCUACUUGUGGCAAUUUGCUGCUCGUGGAAGAAGGUACCGAUUCGUUACGCUUCUCUUGUAACACGUGUCCGUAUAUAUGUAAGAUAAAGCGGAAAAUUACAAGCCGCAUUUACCCGAAGCUGAAGGAAGUUGAUCAUGUAAUGGGCGGAUCUGCUGCCUGGGAAAACGUGGAUUCAACCAGCACCGUGUGCCCAGCGUGCUCUCAUAAGCUUGCGUACUACAUGCAAAUCCAAACUCGAUCCGCCGAUGAACCGAUGACAACGUUCUUCAAGUGCUGCAAACAAACCUGUGGUCAUCUGUGGCGCGAAUAG